GAGCACCGCGCUUGGGUCGCAUACGUGGAGUUGUUGAUCAUCCAAGCUUGGAGGAUGGGGGGGGAAAGAGACCUCCUCAGAUUUUUAUUCGGAUCGGUGCGGCCCGGCCAUCGACAGCAGAUCGUACAAGAGCUCACAAUUCCCCUCGUGCAGCUGGCCGAUGAUCUCCCUCUCGAUAUCGUUUCGCAGUGUGACGAGAGCCCGGUCCCGCACGUCCUAUCACGAACUCUGACACCCUACCUGCAGUGGUCGGCUUGCCUCGAGGAGCUAGCAGGUAACAACAACCCGCCAUCGCAACAACCAUACCUGGACCCCCAGGGGAUAAUCGACAUCGCCUUCUUUCAGCCUCAAACUCCCUCCGAGGACGAAGCGAUAACACUAGAGGAGGAGGAGGAAGAGGACGAAGAGGCAGGCGACGAGGAAGAAGAAGAGGAAACCCCGGAAGAAGGAAGUUACAGCGAGCACAGCGAGGGAGAACAGAGCGACGAAGAGGAAGAAGAAAAAGAAGAUCAGUUGGAGGAAGAGGAGGAGUCUGAGUGGGAGACUUUAGGUGAAGAGACGGAUCGCGCAGAGCCUCAUGAGGAGGAUCCCGAGGCAGUGCGAAGAAGAGAAGAGAUCGCAGUAGGGAAGCAGCCGCUGGAGUUCGCCAGUGGAGUGGAUUUGCCGAUCCCGAACGACCCAGCCAAGGAUCCCGAGCCACCCAAGAACGACGAUGGGGACCUUGCUACCGAGACUUCGAGCGCACCGGCCCGAUGGCGACGAAGCCAAUCCCCCUCCCCCUCCACCUCAACCCGUCCACCAGUUCGAGCUCGUACCGAUGCGGGGCAUCGGGCUUCGUCCCUGGUCCUUAUCUCGUCGUCCCCUUGACCACCCCACCCUCUGCCAGAUCACAACC